UCGGUCAGAACAUGCUUGCCCUGGCCCCCAGCCCCUGACGUUAGCGGCUCUUUGUUCCACACCAGCAAAGGGUUGGUUCCCUGGCAGGCACUGGUUCUGAACCAGCACUUGGAAUUGCUCAGGUUGAAAAGGGGUUAAUGCUCUUCUUCAUGUGUAAAAACGUGGCGCCUACAUUACCCACAAUGCAACCUAACCACCGAAGAGUCAUAACUGGAGUGAAUUCAUCAGUUUCAAGCAGCUUCCUCUGGAGCCACAAAAAGGUUUUAUACUACUUUAUUCCGCUCCCAGAGACCUGUAAACACACUUUAAUGGGUAAAAUUGGUGGCGUUACCAUUUAUAGAAUAAAAUCAGCAACAAGUAGGCAGAGUGAAGGUGACACACACACACACACACACAUACACGCCAGGUUUAACAGUGAAGGAUGGAUGUGUGAGGAGGAGGAGGCAGGACAGCAGCCUCAGAGGUCCACAGAGGAGGGUCGAGGCUCUGCGCGGCGGAUCACACAUGAAACAAUGAAGCAUGUGGACUUCACACCGUCUGCCGGAGAGGUGAUGACGCCUCGCAUGUUUUAGCGGCUUCCCUCCAUUUCCGCUGAAGGACGACCUGUCAGGUGCGCCGCGCGUCUCGGUCCAACAUCAGGAGCGAGCGCGCCGCCGUGUCGGCUCCGGAGGGAAAUGCCAUCUCACCUAAGUGUUCUCGCCUCUCCCCUCGGAUUUAAUCGUCCUCAGCAGGUCGGAUCGCCUCCACUGAUGUGUGUUUCCGCCGCCUCUGAUUGAAUGGCUGUCAUGACUUGUGCCCUCAGGGCUGCGAAGCUACGAAAGCAGGAUGAAAAUCCCUCGUUUGGUGUCUCUGCGUCCUCUCAGCCUCUCGGUAAUUACAGGCGGUAAUUAGAUUUGGGAAUCUCGGCGUAAAAUCUGACGAAAACCAUGGAAAGAGUGUGUCGACAUGAAGGACAAAGAUGUUUCCGGGCUGUGAAUUUAUUUUAACGUUGCCAUGGGGAAGAGUUCGGACUGAGACACGGAGAGAUCUGAUAACACGGAGGAAGAGAGACGCCUGGAGGUGAAGACAUGGUCAUCACCGACAGAAACACUGGCACCCCUGUACCCAAAAAGGAGCCCCAGAAGAAGACGAGGAGGAAGUCCCGCCCUCAUGGCCUGCCCUCUCCGGCGCUCUGCUGCGCCUGUGGCCUAUGCAUCAUGCUGGCUGGACUCAACAUCACCCUGGUGGGAGCAUUCGCCUUCAGCACACUGGUGCCUUCUGCCAAUCCCCCGAUCAUCAUUGGACCUAUCCUGCUGCUGGUGGCCUUCUCCUUUUUCGGGGCCUGUUGCGUUUGCAGCCGCCUUCCUCCUCCCCACAGCUCGCGGAGGUCGAAGGUGGGAGGCAGGGGCACGGGGCUGAUGGGACACGGCGGUCUGGCGGGUGGGGCGGCAUUCGAAAUAGAGACCAGUGAGCAUACGCUGCAGGAUACCACAGCUGUGCAGCUGAGCCCCACGUCCUCCCCUGGAUCGUCCCAGGCGUCCAGCCCAGAGAGGGAUCCUCCCGAUGCGGCUCUGCCGGGGCCCUGCAAGCUCUUCACCACGACGGAGAGCAACGGCCCUUCUUCUGUUUCUGCCACCGCAGUCUACUCAGCCUCCACGGCAGCAGGAGGGGAGGUGAGGCUCAACCUGCCACGUGAAGAGGUGGUCACCUAGCAGCACACAAACUCUCUCAAGGCCGGAGUGCUGGCAGUGUAAAUAUCCUUCUGGGUCUAGGGCUUGCUGAGUGUGAUUGUGUCCUCUAGUUUACGUAGUGCCAUAUUUCUGGUCGUGACAAGUCGUCAACAGUAUGCUUUUUUCGAUUUUUCUUGCUGUGCAGCCAACUGGUAAUUAGCAUGCAAAAGUUAAUGAAACAUCGGAGUAUUUGUGGAUCAUAGGUUUUGGAAUUCAAUUUCCUACCUCUCUUGUGCUGUUUUUUUUCCUACAGGUCUUUGUUCUUAACGUGGGGCAUUACUAUUGACAACUUUUCAUGUAGAGAAUCAAACAGAAACAUUUAUCUCUCUCUCACUGUUACUCCGGUUCGUGGAAACCUCAGCUGUCGGCGGCGAUUUUCGAGAGGGCUCGCCUGAAGAAUGUGACUGUCGCUUUGUUCUUAAGACUUUAAAGAUUAGAUGUGAAAGGUCAUCAGUGAACUGUACAGGUACAUUUGUAGUGACAUUUGGCAUUUUGUGUGCCGUUUCCUCAGUGCUGAGCUUGUUUUGGGUGCAUGAAGUAUUAUAGGUCACAUGGGUCCCAAAGCAAUAUUCUCUCGCCUGAGGUUACAUUCUUGGCAUUUACAGUUUUACUACGCUGCUCGUCUACAGCCAAUACAUUUGUAAUGAACAGUGGUUCGUACAGAACCGUGUGAACGGCACAUUUACGUGCAACUGUGUACACUGUUGGAUAGUGGGAGCAUUGUUCCUGUAGUCUCACAACAACAUUAAAAGGAUAGGUUCACCCAAAAUUGAAAA